AUGGCCAUCCAAGUCGUCCCGCUAUCGGAAGCCGAUAUCCCGGGCGCCAUCGAGGUGAUCCAGCGGGCGUUCGAGAGCGAUCCAUAUUUUCUGUGGGUUUUUGAUCGGUCCAAGUUCAAUAAGCAAAGGAAUUAUGACUCCCUUGCUACCCGCUGUCUGUGGGGCAUUAAGAAUGCUCUAUUUUUCGUCGCGAAGGAGGAUUCUCCAACAAGCACAAGUGGGCCAUCUGCAACUGCAACUGCACCUUCAUCUAAAGUCCUAGGCGUCUCAUGCUGGCUUCCGCCUCACCCCACCUCAGAACCAGAAUCAUGGUUCUCCUGGGCGCAGUCCUGGCUCCUCUCCUUCCGGCAGUUCAUGACGAACCUCCGCUACCAGGGCCGGGGUGGACUCCUUGCGCACCGGUACUGGGUCUGGAAGAACCGGCAGCAGGAAGCCCAGGCACAGAUCUGGGAUGAUCCACGCGGGUACUACUUCUGCAACAUUGUUGCUGUGAGCCCCGAAGCGCAGGGGAAAGGGGUCGGGAGGAAGCUGUUUGAGGUGGUGACUGAUCGUGCGGAUCGGGAAGGGGUGAAGUGUUACCUGGAAAGUUCGAAGGAUGUUCCGAAUGUCGAGAUCUAUAAGCGGAUGGGAUUUGAGAUGGUCAAGGUGAUGGAGUGCAGGGAUGGUGAUGAUGUUUGUAUGUUGUACUGUAUGAUUCGCAAUCCCCGGACGAAGACAUGA